AACCUGCAUGGCCACCGGAGGGCGCCGUGCACCUUAGUGAGCAGCCCGUGAAGCUGAAGAAGAGGAAGAGUAUGGCGGACGACGGAGGGAAGCCGCUGCAGAGCGCCAUGAAGAUGGCCAAGCAGGCGAUCCAGCUGGAGGGGGGAGACAGGCAGCAGGAAGCUUACUGCCAAUACCUGCGAACCAUCAACUACAUUUCACACGUUCUUCUCCAAGAAGAGACGCAGGUGGAGGUGGAGCGGAUGCUGCGGCUGGCGGAGCAGUGUCUGGACCGAGCCAAGACCUUCAUAGGGAAGCGCUCUGUCCAUCCUGUCCCCCCUGUCCUCCACAACGCCUCCUGUUCUUCAGCUGACCAAUCAGAGGCUGAGGCCGGUCCUAAGGCUGGAGACAGAGCCUCUGCUGCUGAGGGACAGGUUGACGCUUCGUCCCGGUUUGGUCUGUCAGAUGAUGGUGGACAGCCGUCCUCUUUCCCUCCUCCUGAUGUCUUCCAGAGACAACAGACUGCAGCUUCACACGACUCCAGCAGGAAGACGCUGACCCCGGUGGAGGAAGCGUCCCGGCAGAACCAGAAGCUCCAGGCGUCCUAUGAGGCUCGUGUGGCCCGGCUGGCUCCGGGUCAGGCGUUCCAGAAAACCUCCUUGACGCUUUCUCUGCAGCGGCAGAUGAUGGAGAAUCUGAUCAUCGCCAGAGCCAGACAGGACGCCCAGCUGCAGAGGAAGGUGGAGGAGAGGAGGCAGAGGCUGCAGGACGAAGCUAACAGGAGGUUUGCUGCCUCUGGAGCACUGACUGCAGAGGAGCAGGAGCAGCGGCUCCUCUACUCCCGGGUUCUGGAGUACGAACUGGACCACGACUGGCCCAAACAGUGGAGAACCAACAUCAAGAAGAACCCGGACGCCUCGCUGGUUCUGGAUCUGCUCUCCUACCUGCUCAGGUCUGAUCAUCCACUAGUGGAGCUGCUGAGGAAACAUCAGUUCAGGAUCUACAACCAGCUCUACCCCAUCGUCACCCAGAGCCUUCCUCAGAGCCUUCCUCAGAGCCUUCCUCAGAGCCUUCCUCAGAGUCUUCCUCAGAGCCUUCCUCAGAGUCUUCCUCAGAGCCUUCCUCAGAGUCUUCCUCAGAGCCUUCCUCAGAGCCUUCCUCAGAGCCUUCCUCAGAGCCCCGCCCUGCUGCUCAGGUCUUCUCGCAGCGUCCACGCCCGGCUCUCUCCAGAGCGACAACCGACCAGAACCGGCAGCUCUCUGGACGGCGAGGACCCUGUGCAGUGGGACGACUCCUUCGAGGACCUGGAGCACUUCCUGUCCCAGCUGGACUGUGGCGACCUGCGGGCGGUGCUGACCUUUGACCCCUCCAUUGAGCUGGAGCAGCUGGAGCUCAGAGCUCUAAAAGAACACCUGAAGGCCAUCGUCAGAGACGUCCACGGAGCCGUCGAUCAGCUGCUGUCGCUCUGCCUGCUCUCCUUCGACUGCCUGAACACGGCGACCUUUAAGGAUCUGAGUCUGGGCUGCAUCGAGGAGGCCUUCUUCACGCCGCUGUGGAGCCCCCUGCUGGCUCUCUUCAGGCGAGUCCUCCGGGAGCGAGAGCUUCUCUUCCAGAGGAACAUGGCGCUGUACUGCAGCGCCUCGCCAGCAGAGGUCGGUGUUCCCCUCAAACUGUUCCCCCAGGACCCCGGCGCGCUCCAAGGUUCCUACCCCUACCAGGUGGCGGUGCAGGAGCUGAAGCUGCUGGUGCGGGACCGCUGCCCUCAGAGGAAGCUGGACUGCGUAGUGCGGACGCUGCGGCUGAUCUGCGGCUGCGCCGAGGAUUACCGGAACCAGCAGGGGGGCGGAGCCUCCCGGGCCGCCGCCAUCGGCGCCGAUGACCUACUGCCCAUCCUGUCCUUCGUGGCGCUGCGCUGCCAGUGUCCCCAGCUGCUGUCGGAGUGCGCCGCCCUGGAGGAGUUCAUCCAUGAGAGCUUCCUGAUUGGUGAGGAGGGUUACUGUCUCACCUCCCUGCAGAGCGCUCUGGCCUACGUUGAGUCUCUUCCAGCAAGAGCUGACCUUGCUGACACCGAGUAACGCCCCCGACCUGUGGAGCCGCCACAGGUACCAGCUGGCCUCUGAUUGGCCAGACGGAGAUGAGGUCAUGACCUUUGCUGUGGAGGCUCCUGGAUAUCAGGAAGAACUUACUGCUGCCUGUUCUGAGCAUGCUCAGUAGGGGCUGAGAAACGGGAAGCACUGCAGCCGGACUGGACCGGACCGGGCUGGACUGGGGGAGGGGCUGCUUCUGCGUUUCUUCUACUUUUCCAGGUUGUUCCUCAUCUUCCUCACUCUUCAUCGUUUUCUGACGCUGCAGCUUUUGUCUCCGCCUCCCAGCCAAUCAGAAGACUCCAGGUGUCAAUUGGUUUUUCUGCCCCCUGCAGGACAUUUCAAUAAUUCCUCUGCAAACAUGAUCACCUGGUUGGUGGGCGGAGCCUGAGCUGGAGAGAAACAUUCAGGAAUUAAAGCAGCAGCAGAUCUGAGGCCUGUAAUCCAGACUUUACUGGAUUAUUCAGUCAAAACAUGGGAGUUAAACGCUGCUGCAGAUUACUGUUUGAAACUACAGGAAGUCUGAUAAUCCUGCUGAUGAUCUAUCCGGGUCACCAUGUUGGUGAACGGCAUUGUGGGUAAUCUGCUUGCAGUGGAUGUGAUGACAGAGCAGAUUCUGGGUGACCUUCAGGAUGACCUCUGAGGCCUACGUUGGUCCAGAGGAGCUGAAGGGAAUCUUGGUUUUGUUUUUUAUUUUUUCCCAGAAUUUAGUUUCUUCUCCUCUAGUUUUUAUGCAAUUCACCAGGACCUGUGCAGAGGUCGGAGGUCAUUAAAUCAAUCAGGUAACUUUGUAUUUUAUUGUUUAGUUUUAAAUCAGACCAGUUUAUACAUCCCAAAGAUUCAUUUAGUUCAUUUUUUAUUCUCAAUUGUUUAAGAAGCAAAAAUAAUUUCUGGUCCAAAGAGCAGAAACCGGUUUUAGUUUCUGGUUCCGAGAUACAGAACGGACCCAGAGUGAAGAACCGGUACCAGUAAACUGGUGCAACUGGGAGAACCUGCUGGAAUAUUUCUGCAUCGUUUUUAUUUAAGAUGUUUUCAAAAGACAGAAAAUCCUGUUUCCAGUUGUAACAUUCAAAAUGUUACAACUGGAAAGAUGUUAAAGAUCCUGUGAUUUUACUCUAAACUGUACUGGGAAUGUUUCUGAAAUAAUGCAUCUUUGUGAGAAGAGUUAACAAGAUAAAUUGUUUAACUGUUAAACAGCUUGUUUAUUUAUCUCUCUCUGGGUGAUUUCCAGUUUAAACCGUCUCGUCCAGCCAGACGUCUAAUUUUCUUACUUAGGGAGGAAGAAAUCCUUCAGCUGUUAAUUUUUCAGCGAGUACGCGUCCAGCUGUUCAUAGCGGAGGGCAGUUAUUAAUAAAACUUGUAAUUUAGGUCAAAAUGACUGGGCUCCACCUUUUCAAAAAUUAUCAUGGAAAAAUAUGUAAUAAAAUUUAUAUUUCUAUUUUCACCCUGUGGUUUGUACUAUAAAGUAUUUAUUUUUCAUUUAGCUUUACCAAUUUUGAUCAUUUUUUUUUUCUUGAAAAUCGCUGAAUUUUCUUAAUUUCCCUUUCAAAUGCUCAGAAGCUCAGCAGGAAGCCGAGCUUCACCUGGGAUUGAUCAACCUCUCACUAACUGCACUGGCUGCCAUUCUGACAGCAUGUUCCUCCUGCCUGUACGUCGCUAAUAAAAUGACUUAAAAAG